CAAAAUUGAAACCCUUCCCUCGUCGUCGAGGCCGAAAGAGAGCGCCAUGGAAUCCGGCGGACCCCGAGAAGACGAUUUUUCCGGUCGAUUCCAAGGUAAUGGGAUUCGGCCGAUUCAAGGUAUGGAAUCGGUUGUCGCCACAGUCAGUGGAUACCACGGAACGGAGCGGUUUAAGCUCAUCAAGCUUAUAGCCCAAACUGGAGCUAGUUACACCGGAGCUAUGACGAAAUCAACUACACAUCUGGUGUGUUGGCAGUUCGAAGGUAAGAAGUAUGACAUGGCGAGAAGAACUGGAGCACAUAUAAUUAGUCACCGUUGGUUUGAGGAUUGCUUAAAGGAAAGGAAGCGGCUUCCUGAAGAUCCCUAUGCCGCACAGAGUGGACAAGAAACUGGACCCAUAACUUGGGAAAUGCCUGCCGCUUUGGAUACUUCUGGAAAAGGAAAAACCAUCAUAUCCGCAGAACGAUGCAUGUUAUCUGAUAAUUUCAGUGCAUUGAAUUGCAGAAACAUAGUAGAAAUUGAUGCAAGUUAUCUGGAUUGGUCUGACUCACAAUUAUUACACAAAUGUAGGGAGUCUAGUACAUUCCCAAAAGUGUGCUCAUCAAGCAAGAAGAGAAACCUGUUUGAUGCUCCUCAAGAUGUUACUUGUAAACCAACUCGAAGAAGUAAUCGCCUUAAGAAGAAAGCAUACUGUAAUCUUUUGAAUUAUGUGAGUUUGGGCCAGAAGCAAGGAACUUCUGUAAAGAAAUUUAGCAGUCAGGUUGAAAUCAUUGAUCUUGAUUCAACCUGUGAAAAUACUUCGAGAAGGAGGCUUGGAUCGUCAUCUCAAGGAAAAACUACGGACUUUAUGCUUUCUGAUCAUGAGGGAAGUGGAAUAGAAGGGCUUGAACAGGAUGGUGUAGAAGAGCUUAGGAAUGACAAUAUUCUAUCUGACAAUGGAAUAUUUUCAGAUAAUGAGAACUUUGAAUGUAUAGGUAAAAUGCUUGGUUCUUCAGAAAAUGCAAGGAAUGAUAAUGAACACCAUAAAGAAGGUGAAAAUCUUUAUGAAGCAGGUGCCUACAAACAAGCAGAAUUAUCGUGUGUUAUAUGCUGGACAGAGUUUAGCACGACAAGGGCUGUUUUACCUUGUGGGCAUCGCUUCUGCUACUCCUGCAUUCAAGGAUGGGUUGACUGUUUGGCUUCAAGAGGCAAGAUUUCGUCAUGCCCUCUAUGCAAGUCCAGUUUUACAAGCAUGAGAAAGAUGGACACCUCUACUGAUCAGAAGAUAUAUUCUCAAACCAUCCCAUCUGAAUCUUCGAACACAGACAUUAUUAUGGUCUCCAACAAUGGAAAUGACAGUGCCAGAUCCUCAAUGCCCAUGGAUCCUGUUUGUUCUGAAUGCCACAACCGUGAACCAGAAGAUCUUCUUCUUUGCUGCCGCAUCUGCCAAUCUCAGUGGGUACACUCUUACUGCUUGGACCCUCCAGUGUCUCCAUGGACCUGCAUCCACUGCAGGGAUCUCCGAACACUUUAUCAGCGUUUCCGCUGAUAUGAAGGUUCCUGAUGCAAGUAUAGAAGUUCUAGACAUUUUUAAUGGGAGGAAAGCGUGAUUUUAAUGGGAAGAAAUCAGCUAACAGUUGUAUAAUAACAACCCUACGUGAAGGGAGGUCAGAUUGAUGGAUC